GCUCCGUGGCCCGGGCGGGCCUGCCGGCGCCGCAAGCUGAGGGACUGAGGCUGCGCGGGCCGUGGAGGCUUAGGCGGGGUGUCCAGAGGAGACCUGAGGGACCUGAGGAGGGUCCGGUCCCAGGGGCCCCCGGCUUGAGGCGGGAAGGGGCUCCGGAGCUGCAGGGAGGCAAGAUGACUUCUCUGCCCCAAGCUUGGAACAGCUGAAGUGAAACAACGGUGCAAGAUGAGAACAACAAAGGUCUACAAACUCGUCAUCCACAAGAAGGGCUUUGGGGGCAGUGAUGAUGAGCUAGUUGUGAACCCCAAAGUGUUUCCUCACAUCAAGCUUGGAGACAUCGUAGAGAUUGCUCAUCCCAAUGAUGAAUACAGCCCCCUGCUUUUGCAGGUCAAGUCACUUAAGGAAGAUUUACAGAAAGAAACUAUCAGUGUGGACCAGACUGUGACUCAAGUGUUCCGGCUAAGACCUUACCAAGAUGUCUAUGUGAAUGUUGUAGACCCUAAGGAUGUGACCCUUGACCUAGUGGAAUUAACUUUUAAGGAUCAAUAUAUUGGCCGUGGGGAUAUGUGGCGAUUAAAGAAAAGUUUGGUCAGCACAUGUGCUUAUAUUACCCAGAAGGUGGAAUUUGCUGGCAUCAGGGCACAGGCUGGUGAGCUGUGGGUCAAGAAUGAGAAGGUCAUGUGUGGUUAUAUCAGUGAAGAUACCAGGGUGGUGUUCCGUUCUACGUCGGCUAUGGUUUACAUAUUUAUUCAGAUGAGCUGUGAAAUGUGGGAUUUUGAUAUUUAUGGGGAUCUAUAUUUUGAGAAAGCUGUGAAUGGUUUCCUUGCUGAUCUAUUUACCAAGUGGAAGGAGAAGAACUGUAGUCAUGAAGUAACAGUGGUCCUAUUUUCUAGAACUUUCUAUGAUGCAAAAUCUAUUGAUGAAUUUCCUGAAAUAAACCGAGCUUCAAUUCGACAGGAUCACAAGGGGCGAUUCUAUGAAGACUUUUACAAAGUGGUGGUGCAGAAUGAGAGAAGAGAAGAGUGGACUUCCCUCCUUGUGACCAUUAAAAAACUUUUCAUCCAGUAUCCAGUGUUGGUGCGCCUGGAACAGGCAGAGGGCUUUCCUCAAGGAGACAAUUCUACCUCAGCACAGGGAAACUACCUGGAGGCCAUCAAUCUGUCAUUCAACGUGUUUGACAAGCACUAUAUCAACCGCAACUUUGACCGAACGGGACAGAUGUCUGUGGUGAUCACCCCCGGGGUGGGUGUCUUCGAAGUGGACCGCCUGCUCAUGAUCUUGACCAAGCAGCGGAUGAUAGACAACGGAAUCGGUGUGGACUUGGUAUGCAUGGGAGAGCAACCGUUACAUGCUGUCCCAUUGUUCAAGCUGCAUAAUCGGAGUGCUCCUCGGGAUUCUCGUCUGGGCGACGACUAUAAUAUUCCUCACUGGAUAAACCACAGUUUCUACACAUCCAAAAGCCAGCUCUUUUGUAACAGUUUCACCCCACGAAUAAAACUGGCAGGAAAGAAGCCUGCCUCUGAAAAAGCAAAAAAUGGCCGUGAUACAUCUCUUGGAUCUCCAAAAGAAUCUGAGAACGCGCUUCCCAUCCAAGUCGAUUAUGAUGCCUAUGAUGCUCAAGUGUUCAGGCUGCCCGGCCCAUCCAGGGCUCAGCGCCUCGCCACCUGCAGGUCUGUGCGAGAACGGGAAAGUCAGAGUCGAAAGAGUGCCAGCUCCUGUGACGUCUCAUCCAGCCCUUCCUUGCCGAGCCGGGCGCUGCCCACUGAGGAAGUGAGGAGCCAGGCUUCUGACGACAGCUCCCUGGGCAAGAGCACCAACAUCCUGAUGAUCCCACACCCCCACCUGCACCAGUAUGAAGUUAGCAGCUCCUUGGGCUACACCAGUACACGAGAUGUCCUGGAGAACAUGAUGGAGCCACCACAGCGAGACUCUAGCGCACCGGGAAGGUUCCACGUAGGCAGUGCAGAGUCCAUGCUACAUGUCCGGCCCGGUGGAUACACGCCCCAGAGAGCACUGAUUAACCCCUUUGCUCCUUCUCGAAUGCCUAUGAAGCUCACGUCCAACAGAAGGCGCUGGAUGCACACUUUUCCUGUGGGACCAUCCGGAGAGGCCAUCCAGAUCCAUCACCAGACCCGGCAGAAUAUGGCGGAGCUGCAAGGCAGUGGGCAGAGGGACCCGACUCACUCCUCUGCAGAGCUGCUGGAGUUAGCAUAUCAUGAAGCUGCUGGAAGGCACAGCACUUCCCGCCAGCCUGGUGACGGCAUGUCCUUCUUGAACUUGGGUGGAACAGAAGAGCUUUCUGCCAGCCUGCUUAGCAACAGUGGUGCAGGUUCAUCCAACAGUAUUCCUAGAGGCCUAUGGCUAAGGCUUGGAAACUGGGUUGACAGUAUGAAUCCUAGGACCCAGAAUAAGGAUUCUCUAGAAGACAAUGUUUCUACCUCUCCAGAACCAAUUCUGACGCUGUCUGCUCCCCCUGUAGUGCCAGGCUUCUGUUGCACAGUUGGAGUGGACUGGAAGUCUCUCACUACUCCGGCGUGCCUCCCCCUCACCACCGACUACUUCCCUGACCGCCAGGGCCUGCAGAACGACUACACAGAGGGCUGUUAUGAUCUCCUCCCAGAAGCAGAUAUCGACAGGAGGGAUGAGGAAGGCGUACAGAUGACGGCCCAGCAGGUGUUUGAAGAGUUCAUUUGCCAGCGUCUCAUGCAGGGCUACCAAAUCAUUGUGCAGCCCAAGGCACAGAAACCCAACCCUGCUGUCCCGCCUCCACUGAGCAGUAGCCCACUCUAUAGCCGAGGUCUUGUGUCCCGAAACCGCCCCGAGGAGGAAGACCAGUACUGGCUGAGUAUGGGCAGAACUUUCCACAAAGUGACACUGAAGGAUAAGAUGAUCACAGUGACACGGUACCUUCCCAAGUACCCUUAUGAAUCUGCCCAGAUCAACUACACCUACAGCCUCUGCCCUUCCCACUCAGACUCGGAGUUCGUCUCCUGCUGGGUGGAAUUCUCCCACGAACGGCUGGAGGAGUACAAGUGGAAUUAUUUAGAUCAGUAUAUCUGCUCUGCAGGCUCCGAGGACUUCAGCUUAAUUGAGUCUCUGAAGUUCUGGAGGACCCGCUUUCUGCUGCUGCCAGCCUGUGUCACCGCCACCAAGCGCAUCACAGAGGGGGAGGUGCACUGCGACAUCUAUGGGGACAGACCCCGUGCAGAUGAGGACGAGUGGCAACUCCUGGAUGGCUUUAUCCGCUUUGUGGAGGGCUUGAACCGGAUCCGCAGACGACAUCGGUCAGAUCGCAUGAUGCGGAAAGGGGCCACCAUGAAAGGCUUGCAGAUAACCGGGCCUAUUCCCACGCACUCUCUCGAGUCAGCCGGCCCUCCAGUUGGGAAGAAGGGAACCUCAGCUCUGUCUGCCCUGUUGGAGAUGGAGGCCAGUCAGAAGUGCCUAGGAGAACAGCAGGCAGCUGUGCAUGGUGGGAAGAGCUCCACCCAGCCAGCCGAGAGCAGCAGUGUUGCCAUGACUCCCACCCACGUGGACAGCCCACGAAAGGACGGCGCCUUCUUUAUGGAGUUUGUCCGCAGCCCACGCAUGGCAUCGUCCACCUUCUACCCUCAGAUGUCUGUGGAACAAACAGUCCCUCCGAUGUUGGAUAGCACCAGUUUGGGGGUAAGCACAGGCCAAUCUGUGGACAGAGGCAACAGCCAGGCCUUUGGGAACUCCCAGAACGUAGGAGAACAGGGCUUCUCCACAAACUCCAGUGACAACAGCUCUCAGCAGCCGGCAGCAAGCUCCCUGACGUCAUCCUCCACCCUGACGGAGAUCCUGGAAGCCAUGAAGCACCCCUCGACAGGAGUCCAGCUGCUCUCUGAACAGAAGGGCCUCUCGCCAUACUGCUUCAUCAGUGCCGAGGUGGUGCACUGGCUGGUGAACCACGUGGAGGGAGUCCAGACGCAGGCGAUGGCCAUCGACAUCAUGCAGGUGAGGCAGCAAGGCAGGGCCUGCAGAGCUAUCUGCUCAGGCCCCUAUGGGACCAGGCCCUGUCUCAGAAGCUGUCACCCUUCCCAGAAAUGAGAUCUGCAUAUGGAGUGAGAAUCUGUUUUUAAUAAGUUUAAGGCCUGUCUGGAAUUGAUGAAAGAAAAAGUCUUGCUUCGAAACACACUAUAUGUUGACUUCAAAAUCUGGCAGAAUUUAUUGUCUGAACUGAAACGUUCUGUAUGGGAUCUAUGCACUUGUAAACCUUAGAGAAAUCUCUGUGAACGAUUUUCAGAGAAUUCUCUCCGUCUGACCUCAAGCCCCCAGUUUCCUCUGGUCAGUGUCUGCUUUAUUCGAGACCCGAAGCUGGAUUCAAGGCUCUGCCCCAGGGGCCUUCUGGCACCCUGUAUUUACUCUGUCAGAGCCCUGGGCACAACAGAAUGAAGAAUCUAUGUAUCUCAUUUGUCUCCUGCCUAGACCAGCUCCUGUAGGGUGGGGCUACCUCUUAUUGUCCAUUCCAGUGCCUGGCAUGUUGCUUGGUACAUGGUAGGCACUUAGUACCACACUUGCCAGAUUUACUUACACUGUUCAGAACUGGAAUAGUGAGGAGAGGAAUGGGAAAGAUUGAGUUGACUCAGCCAGUUCCCACCAUCCUUUCUGUACAGAGGCCCCCACUGGAAAUAAAUCAGUACUAUUUGCUGACCAGCUGGGUUGUCAUCACAGAAAUGUAAAAUUAGGCUAGGCGUGGUGGCUCACACCUGUAAUCCUAGCA